AUGGAUGACUAUAUAGUAUCAUUAGAUGCUGAAACAGAAAUGUUCUGCGCAUUAUAUUUAUUCAAAGAUGUGCAAAAUUCAAGUGAAAUACGGAAAAAAGUUAUGAAUGGUGAACUUUGUUGUUCUGUUAUAAAAGCAGGGCUUGUAGUGGACCCUUUACAACUAAUAGUAGCUGCAAAUAAAGCAGUAAUUAGUGCAAAAAUGAAUCAACUCACUACAAAAAAUUUGUAUACUGAAGUAUUAUUUAAUUUAUCAAUGUCAAAGAACAUACUACGUGCCCUAACAGAAUUUGGUAUCGGUAAUAAUGACAAAAACAUAUUAAUAGUGCUUGUAUCUAGAAAAGAUGAUGAAAAAUCAACGUCAGAGGUACUUAUAGAUAGUAUAAAAGGAGAAAGGAUAUCGGUUUCAAGGUUGUCUGAGUUUACAGACUUUGAAUUAAUAAAAAAGAUAUAUAAAAUUGAGAAAGAUGAAUUAAAUAUUUCUACUUUAACUAAUUCUGUUGUUUCUAGAAUUGGUUGUAAAGAUUUUAUAUUAUUGAAAUAA